AACCAAUAGGCCCGUAGCCCGGCGUGCUUCAUCUUAGGACCUUGACGUCGUGCCUCGUAAUCUUUGCCGGUUGAAGCUCAAAAUCUUGGUACGUCAAAACUAAUAUCAAUUGCUCGGCUUGCUCAAAACAGUCAAAACCUUAAGGUCGAAUCACAGAAAAGAUAGAUGGUCGAAUUCUUAUAUUAUUUAAAAUCGCCAAUUUGAAUGUUGUAUUAUUUUAUGUUCAUGUUUCUAAUGAGUUGAUUUUCUUUAAAACAAUAAACUCGUAUGUCAAAUUGAUUAGGUUAUAAAAAUAAUAAUGAUUGAGCCAGAAUUGUUUAAUUUCAAACCGCCUUUAAAUAAACAUAAGUAUGUACAAAAGCAUUGGGAUAAAUUAUUAGCAAAUAUAGACGAGUGCGGACUUACACAUUCUAUUUCGAUUGUUUUACCAGACACAAUUUUCAUUCCAAAUUAUAUUGAAAACAUAUUUACUGAAAAUGGUCAAUACUACCUAAUAAAAAAUGUUGCCUUAUCCUCAUUAAUAGAUCCUGGAUUUAUCACGUCUUUCGUGAAAAAUGGCAAUGUUUAUGCUAUAUCCCUGAAUACACACAUUGGUUCUGAAGACUGUAUUUCAAUAACAAACAAUAAUCUAUUACAAAUGUCUUUAAUUCAAUCAUCCUAUCAGAAUAUGUGUCUACCGGCAAAAGACUCAAAAAUUACAUUGGAUUUGAAAGAAUUAAAAUUCAGUAGUAAAUCUUAUCAACGUAUCAAGGAAAGUUUUGAACGUUAUCAAACCAAGUUUGACAUCCUUAUUUGCUGGGAAUCCAACAAUGAUGGUGUCUGUCCUUCAUCGAUAGCUUCAUACUUUCACAAAAAUGGAUUUUGCUGUCAAGGAUGUAUUCCCCGAUCAACUACAAAAAGAAAAUAUAAUAUGACCAUCCCAACUGGGGCUGAUGAUUUUGGACUUUUGGAUACUUGGCUAUCAUAUUUUUCCUUAGACAUAAAUAUUGAUGAUAGAAUUCCAAGUAUUUUACCUGAUGGAAAGUUAACAAAAUCAAAUUCUCGCAAUGUUGGUCAAGUAACUCAAAUAGUGUGGACAGGGUUUUUUGAUACUCAAAAAGUAAAGCUCUUGUUAGAAAAAUUUAGGGAAUUUGAAGAAAAGGAAGGCAAAAUAUAUUGGAUGGCCAUUCAUUUGGAACCAUUUACGAAUUCUCCAUAUCCUUGCACUCAUCGUACAAUUGUAUUAAACCCCGAUAAAAAAUAUUACGUUUCUUACUGCACAAAAUGCAAAAAAUAUUAAAAAUUUAUUUUAAACAUCAAAUUAUUUUUAUUGUUCCAUACACCAUCAUGGGGAAAUAAGUGUUGAGAUAUUUUCGGUGGUUGAUAACGUUAUUUACUAUCUGUUAUCAUAUGUAUUUUGUAUUCAAAUUUCAAUAUAAAUAUAACCACGAUUGUGUUCAGUUUAUAA